UGCCGGCGUCCCGGGGAGAGUUGGCCGAGCUGUGCGCGCACCGCGGCGAUGGGAGGUUCGGGCAGUCGCCUGUCUAAGGAGCUGCUGGCCGAGUACCAGGACCUGACGUUCCUGACCAAGCAGGAGAUCCUCCUUGCCCACAGACGCUUUUGCGAGUUGCUUCCCCCAGAGCAUCGGACCGUGGAAGAGUCACUGCAUACCCGAGUAUCUUUUGAGCAGAUCCUCAGCCUUCCAGAGCUCAAGGCCAACCCCUUCAAGGAGCGAAUCUGCAUGGUCUUCUCCACGUCGCCUACCAGAGACAGCCUGAGCUUUGAGGACUUCCUGGACCUCCUGAGUGUCUUCAGUGACACAGCAACCCCAGACAUCAAGUCACACUAUGCCUUCCGCAUCUUUGACUUUGAUGAUGAUGGAACCCUGGACAGAGAAGACCUGAGCCGGCUUGUGAACUGCCUCACGGGAGAGGGCGAGGACACUCGGCUCAGUGCUUCUGAGAUGAAGCAGCUCAUCGACAAUAUCCUGGAAGAGUCGGACAUUGACAGGGAUGGGACCAUCAAUCUCUCCGAGUUCCAGCACGUCAUCUCUCGCUCACCAGACUUUGCCAGGUGUGACAGGAGCGCCUGCAUUCUGAGUACCCAUCUAUCUACUCUGGGAUGGUAUUAGAGGGAUGGUUCAGGAUAUUCUUUCAGAGGGGACCCAGCCCACUCCAUUUAUUUAUUUAUUUAUGUGAGUACACUGUAGCUGUCUUCAGAACACCAGAAGAGGGCAUCAGAUCUCAUUACAGAUGGUCGUGAGCUGGGAUUUGAACUCAGAACCCCUGGAAGAGCAGUCAGUGCUCUCAACCUUUGAGCCAUCUCUCCAGCCCCAGUUUUGUUUUUUUCAGACAGGAUUUUAUGUUGCUGAGACUGACCUUAAAUUCCACCUGCCUCUGCCUCCCCAUUACUGAUAUAGAAGGAAUGCACCACCACACCCAGCCUGGGAUUUUGGACCUCUGGUUUCCUUUCCUCUACCUGGAAUGUCUAGUUUUGUGGUACCAAGAAUUGAACAGUUUCAAACCUGUUGUGCAGGCACAACACUGACACCUAUGUCCAGCUCCUCAAAGGAAUCUUGGCUGUGGUGGUGCAGGUCUGUAAUCCCAGCACACAGAAGGCAAAGGCAGACUUGGUGCCUAUUCAAGACCAGCUUGGUCUACAGUGAAUUCCAUACCAGCCAGAACUUGCUUCAGGGGGAAAGAAAUGGGUGUGAUUAGUCAGGUCUGUACCACCCCUUUCGAUCAGAAAACCCCUGCGCUGGGAUCUAGCAGUGGUGGAGUGUGCAUGUUUAAAAGGUGUCAGGCCCUGGGUUCGAUCCCCAGAACCAAACCAAAAGGCCAAAGCCAACUCACUCUUCCCUUGUGCAGCUCCUUUAAGAUUGUCCUGUGAUGGCUUUCAAGUACCAACAUCCUGUCCAAGACCUUUCCACUGCUGAGAUGUGGCCAAGGUUAUGCCUGCGGUGUCAGGGCCAGAGCCGGCCCAGCCUGGAGAGGGCGCUGCAGAGUCUGGCCCCCUGGCAGGGGAGGACUCUCCCCCUUGUCACUGCUGUUGCCAUCACUGUUUUUACUAAUUGGUAAUAAAGGUUUAGAAAUGUU